AAGUUUAAUAAUGAGCGAUUUGCAUGGAAAAUAUACAAGCAAACGAUCGAAUCCGACCCGACCCGGUCUAUUACGGUGGAAUUAGACCGCCAUGGCCACAUGGAUUGGAAGAGUUGCAGGAAGGUUCGUCCUCAUGCCACUAAACGACACCGUUUUGUGAUCGAAUCAAUAAACGUUGAUUGCCUUGUUAAGUGGAUCCUGUUUGAGAUCAGAUUGAGAGAGACAGAGAGAGAGAUCUCUCCACAAAUUCCGCAAAGUUUAUUUUUCCUUUGUCGGAUUCAAGAAGAGAGACUCACGUAGAUGGCUACCACCGUGGUCCUCGAUAUGUUACCAGCGGCUCUCCUAGAGACAAUCAUGACGAAACUGGACGUGGCGUCUCUAUGCUCGUUGGCCUCAACUUGCAAAACACUCAAAAGCUGCGUCACUCGUGUCCUCACUUUCGCUCCCAACUUCCAUCUCUUCAAUGUUUCACUGUCAAUUGAAACGGUUAGACCGUUGUUGUAUCAGAAUCAGAAACUCUCAAGCCUUAAGCUUGACUGUGGACGCCUCGGGAACUCAGCCAUCGACAUACUCGCACGUCCUUCUCUCAGGGAGAUCUCUCUUCACAACUGUCGUGAUUUCAGUGGAGAUCUCAUCUCUCAAAUCGGAAGGAAAUGCAAACAUCUAAGGUCUGUCUGUUUGGGUUCUGUAGCAGAGAAAGUUGGUCGAACCAUUACCCCUGCUGCUCUCGAAGAUCUGCUCAACGGUUGCUCCCAUUUAGAGGUCUUAUCACUCAUGUUUGACCUCUCACUAUACUUACGUCCUGCUGAUGCUCGCAUUUUCGGGUUGGUCUCUGAUAAACUCACCCAUCUCGAGCUCGGACACAUCUCCUCAAGGAUGAUCACUCACCUCCUCCUCACAUCAACCGAAACGUUUCAAAACCUCCAGCAGCUGCGCCUCUCCCUUGACUGUAUCACCGACGCUGUGGUCAAGGCAAUAUCUAAAUCUCUCACCUCGCUGAUAGAUUUGGACCUGAGAGACGCGCCUCUCGAGGAUCCGAGGCAACCGUCAGACCUCACUGAUUUCGGACUCCAGGAGAUCAACCAGAACGGCGGCAAGCUGAAGCGCCUCUCUCUCAUCCGUAGCCAGGAGUUUCACUCCGCUUACUUCCGCCGAGUCAGCGACCAAGGGAUGCUGUUUCUCGCAGGCAAAUGCUCGCGGAUGGAGAGCAUUUGCCUAGGCGGGUUCUGCCGUGUGACGGACGCUGGUUUCAAGACUAUUCUCCACUCGUGUGCUGGCCUCUCCAGGUUCAGCGUCUACCACGGACCCAAACUGACCGAUCUUGUUUUCCACGACGUCUUGGCGACGGCUCUGACGCUCAGCCACGUCAGCCUGAGGAGGUGCCACCUCCUCACGGAUCACGCGGUUCGAAAGCUGGCGUCGAAUCUGAACCUGGAGAGUCUUGAUCUGAGAGGGUGCAGAAACAUAAGGGACGAGGCGUUGCGAGCCGUCUCGCAGCUAACGAAACUAAAGGUUUUGCUUCUUGAUGGCACUGACGUGAGCGACACGGGGCUCUCUUACCUUAAAGAAGGAGUUUGGGAGUCUCUGGUUUCUCUCUCUGUGAGAGGAUGCAGAAACUUAACAGACAAUUUCAUGACUGUUUUAUUCGAUGGAUCCUCGAAGCUAGCGCUACGCGAGCUCGACGUGUCGAAUCUCCCUAACCUGACAGAUGCUGCGGUUUUCGCUCUGGCGAAAUCAGGAGCUCCGAUCACGAGACUCCAGCUGAGAGAGUGCAGGCUGAUAGGCGAUCCCUCGGUCAUGGCUCUCGCGUCUACGCGGGUGUACGAAGACGGGUGUCCUGGAAGCAGCUUGUGUUUGUUGGAUCUUUACGACUGUGGUGGCAUCACUCAGCUCUCGUUCAAAUGGCUGAAGAAACCCUUCUUCCCGAGGCUCAAAUGGUUAGGGAUCACCGGAAGCGUGAACAGAGAUAUCGUGGAUGCUUUGGGGAGGAGACGGCCGAAUUUGAAGGUGUCUUGCCGGGGAGAAGAGCUUGGGAUUGAUGGGGAGGACGACUGGGACUCUGCGGACAUACAACAACAACACAUGGAAGGAGAAGAAGAUGAGCUUCAACAGUGGAUUCUUGGAGAUGAAGGUGAUGAUGAUGUUGAGAUGGAGGAUGAGAGUGAUGAUGAAGCAAGUGAAGAAGGGGGAGAAGAAGAAGAAGACUGAUAAUACUGAAAACUAUACGUUUAUAAAAGGUAUGUAUGCAAUCUUGUAGUCUUAUAAGGUAUACGUUUAAAAUCAAACUUACUUCUGUUUAAAAUAUACGUUUCAUAUUUUGCCACUUGCUGGUAGUAUUUUUCUGAAUUUUUUUUUUUUUUGUUGUGGUUGCUAAUCAUCGCAUCUUUCUUAAAACUUUUGUAUUGUUCAUUUGAAUAAAGAUUAUCAAUUUAUUGAA